UAUUUAGAAUAAUAUCACGGCCAUCUUUCGCGAAAAGACGUGGGUAAAGAUAAGGGAUUAUUACUUUAAACUUUUAAGAGUUCGUUCUGAAGACGUAUAAAGUGGGAAGAAAGUUAUAUUUGCGUAAGCACCAUGACAAUUUUGCCCAAAAAGAAGUCGUCUCAAGCGCGGUCGGAAUCUGAGAGCAAUACUGAUGGAUCCCCUCUCCAACAUCUCUCAGUUGGAAGCAAUAAUCAUCUAUCACAUAUUGGACCCGUACCUCAGGUUACAGAACCACUGAAUGUGGCCCGGCUCUCUGGUAGAACAUCAACAAGCCAUACACACAGCCAUGGCCAUAGCAGUCAGUCAUCCUCUCGCUAUGAAGAUUAUGACCUAGAGAGUGGUCCCAGUCAAACAAAGAGGAGGAUGAGAGUGAGCCCGCACAGAGCUGUUCGUCCUAAGCACAGAGAUAGAAAUUCAUCCACCUCUGCCAUACCCAGUACUAGUUCAGCUAUACACAAUGUUGCCUCUUCGUCCAGCUCAGGGAGUUCUCCCACACCUAGCCAUGUAGUACCAGAACCUUCUUCGUCUUACCACUGUGAAGAUGAAUCAGGAAGUGGAUACAACAGUGGAGAUGAAUAUGGACCUGCCAGAUCUUCCUCUUCUAAUGUAGCCAUUUCUGAAGAAGAAUGGGAACAGAAAGAGAGAUGGUUUGAGAAAAAAAUGCGGAAACGAGGUUUCAUUAUCAAACGUAUGGGUGAAGACGGUGCGUGUCUAUUUCGUGCAGUGUCUGAUCAAAUCUAUGGUGAUCAAGAAAUGCAUUCAAUGGUUCGCAAGCAUUGUAUGGACUAUAUUGAUGCCAAUGGAGACUACUUUUCGCAGUACAUGACUGAAGAUUUCGCAGCGUACGUGAGCAGAAAACGUUUGGAAAAUGUUCACGGGAACCAUAUCGAAAUGCAGGCUAUGAGCGAAAUGUACAACAGACACAUUGAAGUCUUCUGCUACAGUGUUGAUCCCAUUAACAUUUUUCAUGGAAAACAUCAAACUGAUGACGAACCUAUUCGAUUAUCCUACCACCGAGGGGUUCAUUACAAUAGUUUGGUUGAUCCUUAUAAAGCAACUGUCGGCGUUGGUCUGGGGUUGCCCGGAUUUGUUCCUGGUCAAGCGGACAAGAAAUUAAUGGGUGAUGCUAUGCGGCAAAGUGAGGAGACGCUGAUUGAGCAAGCCAUGUUGGAAGACAAAGUCAAAGCCACAGAUUGGGAAGCUACGAACGAAGCUAUUGAGGAACAAGUGGCGCGCGAGAGCUACCUUGACUGGCUAAGAGAAAACGAACGACGAAACAGACAACAGCAACGUUCUGGUCACUCGGCAACCACAUCUUCAAACGCUUGCGAGCUUCGUUCACCCAGAACCUCAGCAGCGACGUCUUCUGCUCGCAAUUCGCCAAAGCCUUCCUUUGUUGAACAUCAACGGAAGUCGCCAAAUGCAUCGCCUCGAGCUUCAACAUCACGCAGCGUUACGACAUCUAGUAGCCGAGAUGGUUCUUCAGCCAGCCCUAUCGCAUCGCCUGCUGCGGGUACAUCGAAUUCUGUCACGGUGAACUCGAGUAAACCUGAUUGGGGACUUGGCCCAGGUUUUGAAUUAGCUGAAACAGCUUCAUUUCUCGGACAGUUGCCACCCGAUAUGUUUGGUUUAGCGGAUUGGGAGGAUGCCGGACUUCUGGCCCAGGUGUUAGCGGCAUCCCAACAAGAGUAUCUGGAUAAGCUGAAAAAAAGCCGAGAACCUAUCGAUGAGACGAAAGAUAGCCCUAAAGAACAGCAAGAAGAGAAGCCGAUUGAUCAGAGUAGUCGCGACAGUAUGAUGGCAGAUCCAUCUAGCGACCUAACCACUGCGAACGGAACUAACAAUAGUUAACCCAGACUCAGUUGUUUUGUUUACGUACUGUCUUUCUUAUCUUUUUCCCCCGUCAGUCGCAGGGAGUUAAAGAGGCGUGUACCAGAGGAGCCAAGAGAAAGGCAUUUUUGCCAUGCAAAAUUGCUAAUCUUUGAUUCUUGCGGUCUACAUUUAGACCUGCAGUGACGUCUGACUGACACAAUUGGAUUGAACUUUCCCUUAUACUUGUCUCCUCCAGCGCCCAUGCUCGCAAACUGGCUGCCAAAUCAUGUAAAAAAAAAAAAAGGAAAUGUCAUCCGCGUUCGAAAUCCAGUGAAGCAAGAAAAAAAAAUCACUUUAUAGAAAAAAGUAAAUUGAAAUCAUUUGUUACACAGCUUUUCUGUCAAAAUAGCCGCAGAUGCCCCCCUUGCCCUGGUGCCUUGGAAUAUCUUUCGUCGUG